AUGGAAAGCGAGCGGGAGAUUGAACACUUCGGAUUCUCUGCCGAGCACAUAUCAAUAGAAAGAAAAUAUUUCAUUAAAAAAAUUCUCAAUCUUGCAAUCGAUCAUGUUCUCAGCAAAAUUGUUUGUUCAUCCGAGACUUCUGAGAUUUUGGAACAACACAAGAAUCGUAUUGUACAGGAUAUAAUGGAGGAUGCAUCUGUUAAUCGAUUUGUAACAAUGGCCGAGAAUAUGGAUAAGAAAUACUUUUCUGUUCCGGAUCAUGUAUUAUUGCCACCAUAUUUUGAUCAUGCCAAACAAUAUGCAGAAUCGGAUGAAAAAGAAAUCGAUACGCAAAUUGAAAAGUAUAGGAAGACAUUCCUUGAGAAUUCAUUGAUGUUGGCUUCAUUAAAAAUCGAAAAUAGUCAAUAUAAAAGCUUGGCACCAUUUCUGGAGGAAGAACUUAAGGUGCAUCGUCAAUUGGAGGAUAGUUUUAAAAGUUUUAAUAUGAAGGAAAUACAUGAGCUGGUGGAUAAAACAAUGUCUCUGACAAAUAAGGAUAAAUAA